AUGGCUCCAGAACCGGGUCGGUCCCGCAACAAUCGACGAUUUCAUCCUUAUGGGAGUUCUUAUGUUGAUUCCCCGCUCAAGUUUCUGAGGCGACCUACUGAUCCGAAUGUUCGGUCGCUCUCAGCAGCAGAUUCUGGCAGCGAGGACCAGCAGGACGAUAGCACGCUUUCUUCUCUUGCGGACAGUGUACUACUUAAGAGCCACUCGAACGACGGGCCCUCUCACCUAGACGACCAUAGCGAUACAGAAGAGUCCCACGAGCUGGGGUCUUCUUCCAAUCCCAUCGACCUGACUAGUCUCCUUAUUAAUUCCCAGACGCCACCUGGCAAGAGUGUCGCCGGCAAGACCGUUUCACGGUUUAAAGUUGCCCCUCAGCCCGAUUUUGGCAAUCAAAAGUCUAAAAGAGGUGGGCCACAGUCUGCGAAAGCUCCGGUCACCCCAAACGUGAUCCAGCCUCGGCAACGCUCUCACUCAGAUCUCAUCAGCCACAACCCAGCAGAGCCCAAGGCAGCAGCAUCCCGGAAUCACAGCAAUCAAAACCACACAGAUUCCCAAGGCACAAAUCCCACCAAAGAAAACAAGAUCAGACUCCGAGUCCCGCCCCACAACCACCCAAGGACGACCGUUACCAAUAUCUCACCUCGAUCUGCUCCACAGCAGAAUCGCACCAGUCAACCGGACACUUUACCCCCUAUGACCCCCCAAAAGCGACCCCCAACCCAACCCGUUCCUCACGGCCGUCCCACCCAGCAACGCCGGCUCAUGGCCCCCCCUCCCGCAGCACCAUCCACUAUCGGACCCAGCAGCCCACCAACCAACGUGCCCCGGCCCCCUCAAAACAACCAAAUGGACCUCUCCCUCCAACUUCAAACCGCCCUCUCCACCACCUCCCUCCCCUUCCCCUCCCUCCCCUUCCUAACCCGCCUAGUCCAAUCCCGCAACCCCCCUCCCCCCUUCCCCUCUUUACUAGCAACCACCCGCGCGAGAAUAUUAUCCUCAGACAUCACCACCGACAUGCUCGACCCAGCCUACAUCAAUUCCCACUCCCUCCCCUCUGAGAUAUCGAACCCUCUCACAAAAUCUGCCACCUUGCCUCACGACGUGGUGGUUCAAGUGUUGGAUAUCAUCAACAUCUCCAAGUCAAAGUGGGAGCAAGUGGAGGAGUUGGAAGCCAAGGCUCGGGGGGAGGAGAAGAGGGGAAGGGAGGUUGUCAGGUUACCUACCGCGAGGGGGGAUGGGGAGGUUGAUCAAGGGACGCAGGCGGGGACACAGUUCCAGACGCAGCAAAGGGGAGAAGGGAAAGCAACGCAUAGAAUUCUUUUUCAGGAUCCAAAAGGGGGAAAGAUUUACGGGCUGGAAUUGGUCAGGGUGGAGAAGCUUGGUGUGGGGAAGACGAAUAUGGGGGAGAAGUGGCUAUUGAAAAAGGGAACGAGCGUGAGCAGGGGGGUGGUGAUGCUCGAGCCGGGGAGGUGUGAGUGUUUGGGUGGGAAGGUGGAGGUUUGGAAUCGGGCGUGGAAUGAAGGGCGGUUGGAGAGGUUGAGGGUGGAGGCGACUGGGGAGGGCACUGGUUAG